UGAACUGGGGCGUCUCAGUGCAGGAUCACAGAUGGUUUGUGUUGAAUGGACCGUCCCAGCUCCCCCAGUGCCCCCCCUGCCAUAGCAGGGACAUCUUCACCAGCUCAGGUUGCUCAGAGCCCCGUCCAGCCUGGCCUGGGAUGUCUCCAGGGAUGGUUCAUCUACCCCCUCUCUGGCCAACCUGGGCCAGGCUCUCACCACCCUCAGGGCCAACAAUUCCUUCCUCGUGUCCAGCCUGAAUCUCCCUCCUUUAGUUUAAAACCAUCACCCCUUGUCCUAUCGCAACAGGCCCUGCUCAAAGGUCUGUCCCCAUCUUUUUUAUCAGCCUGUUUUAAGUCCAGAAAGGCCACAAUAAGGUCUCGCCAGUGCCAGGUGUGUGUUUGUCACCGCUCCCGCAGAGGAGGGUUCACCAUCACCAGCCUGCUCUCCAGGUGAACCCCCCAGGUCCCUCAGCCGCUCCCAUCCCACUUGUGCUCAGACUUGUGAGACUUUUGAAGUCAAGACUAAAGCGUUCAAAGUCACCCGUGAGAUUGUCCUGUCCAGGUGGGAGCAGCCGGGGGUGGUUAAGAGCCCCCGCGAGGUGCCAGCUGAGGGGGGAGGUUCCACCCCCAAGAGGAGAACGCUUUCCAUACAUUUACUUAGUUUCUGCCCAUUAUCUGCCUUUGUCCCCCUCCUCCUCCUCUGGCUCAUUGUUCCCACCUGCUGUUUCACCGCUGAUGGGAAUAGUGUGGUCCCCGUGAAGAUCUCGACAUCCAUCCUCCAGUAGAAAACAUCUGAAGUCAAGGCCGUGCAUCCCUACGGGUAAGGGAAACAUAUUUAACUUCUUUUGUUUUUUUACGUUUCCAAUUCUAGCUGCAAACCCAAAAAUAGAACAAAAAACUUUCUUUAAAACAUCCCUCCCUCCUCUUGGGCCUGACAGCCUUCGAGUUUCUCAGGGGAGGUGUGUUGUGUGUUGUCAACUCAAGGCCACCGGUUUUUAAAAGGGAGACGCAUCCUCCGUUCUGUCCCAGCGUGGGGAGUGGAAGCGGGAGAUGGAGGCUGCUCUCAGGGUGCUUUUGCCGUACCUGGUGCUGUCACUCCCCUCUGCAGCGUUUCCCAAAACAGGGAGCGAAGGGGAAAGGGUUUCCCCAGUCGCCCGGCUGGAGCUGAGCCCGCCGGGGGAGCCGGAACAUGAAGCAAAGAGAGAAAAUGCGAGUUUACAGGAGGGAGUGAGACCCAGCCUGGCGGUGAGAUCAAGGGCGGCCGCUGCUCCUCUCCUCUUUUCUAAGCCCAGCCCAGCAGCAAGAUGCCUCUGGGGGGUGGCCGAGGAUGGGCCCACGGGCUGGAUGGACACGGGGCACCCGUGGCCGCUCGGGGGGCUGGAGGGACCCGUCUGCCGGGUGAAAAUGGACCAGGAGGGGCCGAGCCCGCGGCACCUGGACGUGGUGGGUGUGCUCACCCGCUACGAGAGCGGCUUCAUCAAGCUGCUGAGCCAGCGCACGGGCUGGGACGGGAACCAGCCGGAGCCCCUGGGGCUGUGCCCGGGCCGGGACGCGGGCGCUGCUCUGCAGCCCCUGCGGCGCAUCCACGCGCACCUGCGGGAGCUGGGGCCUGAGCGACUCCUCGUGCUGCACCUGGAGGAAGUGCAGUGGGCAGCGCAGGCGACGCUGCGGUUCGGGCUGGAUUUCCAGGCCCAGGUGGGCCGGUCGCUGGGGGAGCUGCGGGGAGCGCUGCUGCUGUUCUACCCGGGGGCCGCCGCGCACCCCGCGGAGCUGCUGCUCAGCGGCACGGGGCUGGCGCGGGAGCAGAGCAUCUGCCCGGGCAGGGGCAGCCGGUACCUGGUCCUGGGAGCUGCCGGAGCGUCCGUGACCCGCAGCAGCGAGCGGCUCAGCUUCGAGGCCACUCUGGUCAUCAGGCACCGAGGAGAGGGAGGUGCCCCCUUGACCCCCACGGAAACCCAGCAGCUCCUUUUUGGCUCUGAUGACAAGUGCUUCACCAGGAUGACGCCCGUCCUGCUCCUGCUGGCCAGGGCAUGGCAGGAGGAGGUGACUUUGGGCCCUUCUUCCUACCUCUCUGCUGACGGGGUGCUGGACGUGGCUCCGUAUCCGCAGCUCAGCCCCCAGCAGCCCGAGCCAGAGGAGCUGCCGUCCCCCACCGCCCCGAGCCAGGGCAACGUCUCGUCCCCAGCACCCGGCGCCAGCAGCCAGUUCCUGGGCAUCCUGACCCGGUUCAUCCGGCAGGUCCUGAGCCCGCCCAGCCCCUCCAGCGAGCUGCCCACCCAGCCCAGCUCCCAGCACUGGCUGGACUUCCAGGUGAUGGAGACCCUCCCUCACCAGCUGCUCAACCUGUCGGAGGAGGCGGCGCUGGAGCGGCUGGUGCAGUCGGAGGAGCCCUCGGUGCUGCUCUUCCCCCAGGACAGCGGGGCCGUGCUGGAGCAGCACUUGGGGGGCUGGCAGCCCGAGGGGAACGUGCUGCAGCUGCUGCUGGGCAAGCUGCAGGCAGUGAUCCAGGAGCUGAGGGACAUCCCGGCUUUCCAAGCAAACACGGGGCUCUUCCAGCAUCUCCUGAGCUUCUGCUACUACCCGCCGGGGCCGGGCCAGGCUCAGAGCGAGCAGCGGCCGCCCGGCUCGGGGAAGCUGCACACGCUGCUGCUGCUGAAGGCGCUGCAGACGGUGCGGGCGCGCUGGCAGGAGCGCAGGAAGGUGCUGCGGCAGAACCGCAGUGCGCGGCACCAGGCCCACUGCCGUCUGCAGGAGCUCACCAUCGACCUGCGCGACCGCAAGUUCAUCGUCAUGCCCACCGUCUACGCUGCCAACAACUGCGAGGGUCCCUGCAAGCUGCCCCUCUCCACCCGCGUCCCCAGCUACCACUCGCACACGGUGCUGCUGCUGGGCAUGCAGGAGCGGGGCUCCCCGCUGCAGCGGGCUCCCUGCUGCGUCCCCGUCCGCUACUCGGACCAGCUCAUCAUCAGCCUCUCGGCCGAGGGGCUGGAGAUCCGCAAGUUCCCCAAUAUGGUGGCAGAGGAGUGUGGCUGUCGGUAGAGGCUCCUGUUCGCCUCACCACUCACCCUCGGCCCAUUCCCCCCAACCCACGUUUGCCCUCGCUAAGGAGCUGGUGCUUCUCUCCAAGACAGGAGCUCCCCGCGUGUCCUUUCCCUGCAGUUUGUUCUUUAGCAUCGCUCUAGUUCUGGGUUUGUCCGUAGCUGUCCUGGUCCCUGGGGGCUGCCCCACAGCCCAGCGUUGCCCGUUCCUGAUGCCAGGGGUGCCCGUGGGGCUGUGCUGUGGGGUUGGAUUGGGUAAAUGUGCUGCAGGGCCAUUGCGGGAGGUCAAGGCUCAUGGCUUUGGCCAGGACACGUUAUUUAUCCCUUGCUUUCUGUUCCUGUAGCAGCCAGACAGGGCAACUGCUGCUCCCUCCAGGCCCCCCAGCUGGCAGCAUCCUCUGGCCGUUUACCAGCCCCUAACUCAGCCCCACCAGCCAUGCAGCUCCACCUGCCAAAGCAGAACAAGAGGCAAAAUCCCCCGCAGGGACCGGCCUUUCCCAGGGACGUGUCCCGGGUGCCGGGUCACGUCGGCACUGCCCCGCGCUGACCCGCUCCCGGGGGAGGGCGGGGAGCGAUCCCCUUACAGCUCCGGGGCUGCUCACACCACCCAUGGAGCGGGGACACGCUGCUGCCAAAGCACCUGCUCCACGGCCCCGCCGCUCGGCAGAGAGCCCGGCCACCCCGGAUCAUCUUCCAGAGCCGCCGGGGCCGCAGCUCUGACACCUGCAGAGCAGCUCCUGGGCCCGUCCCAGCGCUGGGACCAGCCCUUGGCUCUGCAGCGUCCCCACGGAGCUGGGAGGGACAUGGCCCCGUCCCCCAGCCCGCCUGGGGACCCGCAUUGGCCAUGAGCCCCCGAGCACCAGGGGGGCACACAGAACCCACCAACAUAACCAGGGAUGACAAUUUCUUUUCGUCUUUUCUUUUUUUAAAACAUUCAAUUUAAUAUCUUAUUAAAAAUGAAAAUAGUUUAUUUUAACCUCUAUCGAUUUAGCAAAUACUUAAACCUGCCGUGGGUUGGGGCUGUGAACGUCUCCUGUAGUUGCUUCAGCGCUGUGUGAUAUUGCACUUGUGUUUCGUUCCUAAAAGCAGCUCCGUGAAGGCAAAGCCCGAGGGGCCCCCGGGUGACGGGCUCUCCAGCCCUGGUUUGUCACCAGCUUCGCGCCACCCUGUGACAGUGGCACCAGGGCCUGGUGAGAGCGCGGUGCUUGUUCCCGACAUGCCUCAGAAUACAGAAUACACUUCUCUCUUGACUUGCUUUAAAUAAAACCAUUCACUGAAUUCAAAAGCUA